AUGCCCGCCGCGUGCGUUUGGCAUGCGAAACGUGUCGACAACGGAAGACUAAAUGUAGCGGCGACACGCCGGUGUGUCGCCAGUGUAAGGAGAUGCGCAUUCCGUGUCGCUAUCCGCUGUCAUGGCGAGAUCGAACCCAAGGGUAUGUUGAUUGUUGCUGCGCUGCGAAGGGAGUCGUUAACGGACGCCGGGACCCUCAGACGCAUCAACCAUCUCUUUGAGCAGAUCGAUGAAUAUGAGUCCCUUCUCAGGGAUAUCGGCGCCUAUGUCGACGGUCGCGCUGCCGACCGCAUCGAGACUAUGCUGAGCAAGUAUGCCGUUGACGAUGGAAUCCAGUCGCCUCUCCCCCGGUCCAAAGCGUCCACCGAAGAAGACACCCCCAGUUCGCCUUCGUCCGUUGGAUCGCUGGACGCCAAUGAUUGUGUCGAAGAGGAUUUGAACCGAUCGCCCAGCGCUCGUGCCACAGGCUAUAUGGGGAAGAACUCCGAGGUCACAUGGAUGCAGAAGGUACAGAGGGAGGCCCAGGGGUACUUGCGACAGUCGACGGGACUCCCCGACGACGAGGGCGAGACGGAGGACUCGCUGCCGGCCGUGAACUAUCAUCUGGACAUGCUGGAAAUCUCGGUACCGGGCCCGGUGCCAGUACACCAGAUGCCGCCCCGGCCGAUUGCAGACCAGUUAUUCGCCGAUUAUCUAGAUACGGUGCACCCGUUCUUCCCAAUUAUUAAUCGUCCGCUAUUCCAAACGCAGUUUGACAAAUUCUUUGGGGGCUCCGUACGACCGGGAGACAAGUGGCUGGCUAUCUUGAACCUCAUCUUUGCCAUCGCCGCGAAGCACGCCCACCUCACCCAGGCCCCCUGGCGCGGGAACAAGGACGACCAUCUGGUAUACCUAACGCGCGCUCGGAUUCUCAGCAUGAAUGGGGACGUGCUCUUCAGCCACCCGGAUUUGCAGCAAGUCCAGGUCGAAGGCCUGACGGCAUUCUAUCUGCUUGCAUGCGAUCACAUCAACAGGUGA